UCCGUCCAUGACGACAUCGAUCUUGUUGAUGGACAAUCUCACUUGAAGCUUGAAUGAAGCAGUUGCAGCCUGAAUCGUGCAAUUCUACAUUAUUGCUCAGAGGACCACAUCGCUUGUCAUCGGCCAGCAUUCAGAGCACUCGAGAUACCGUCAACAUGUCCGAGCUCAACGUGUUUGCUACCACCUUCAACCUUGCUACACGAGCAGCCGCUCUGACGGAUGGCGAGCUACACCGAUGGUUGGCGCCCAUGUGGAACCGCAAGGAUGGAGUCAAGGCGGACGUGGUAGUGAUCAGUAUUCAAGAGAUGUCGCCUCUACACGUCUCGAUGUCCGGACUGUCUGUGCCUCUGGUCGACAAGCUUAGCUCUCGCUUCCUCGAGAAUCUUAAUGACGCUACCGACUCUUCGACAUACUACCAGGUCGCUUCCGAGUCACUAUGUUCGAUCGGACUGUGGGUUUUUGCCGACGAACAAUCGGUACCGAAAUCGAAGUUGGGCAAGGUGGUCCUCAGCGCCACCGGAUUCGGAGCAGGAGGGACAGGAAACAAGGGUGCGGUCGGUGCGAGGGUUCUCAUCGAUCGGGGCGCCGUCGAAGGGCAGAGCCAAUGGGAGAGUUUCACCUUUAUCUCGACGCAUCUAGCCGCUCACGACUACGCCAUCAAGACGAGAAACGCCAAUUACCAAACCAUGCUCACUUCCCUCAUCUUCCCUGCCACAUCGGCCCUGGACGUACCCUCUCGAGUGUUUGAGACGUCUCAUUGUUUCGUCCUCGGUGAUCUCAACUAUCGGUUGAGCGACAAGGUCAGGACGGUCGAACGUCGGGUUGCCGGGAGCGAAAAGGAUCAACAGAAGAAUCCGCAUCGAUGGGAUGCGAUUGUGGAAGGCUCUUUGUCCCCGGACCAGGGUGAGAGGUCGGAGUUGUUUGCUCAACGUAAAUCUCUCGUCGAGAUGGACACGCUCGCCGAGCAACGUGGUCGAAAUCAGACCAUGCUCGGUCUGAGGGAAGGACCGUUGACCUCGUUUGCCCCGACUUAUAAACGUCUCAUGGGCAAGGUCGAGGGGUACCACCCGAAACGUCGACCGGGGUAUACCGAUCGGAUCCUAUUUGCCAGUUACGACGACCGUCUAGAAGGAGCCUCGAACGGCGAUGGGGAUGACGAUGACGAUCAGACCAGCUUGAUCGGGAGACGCGUAGUCGGGAGGACCAAGGCACUCGUGUACGAUUCCAUCCCGGAGAUGAUCAUCUCGGACCACAAACCCGUCUAUUCGAUCAUCAACCUGCCUCCACCCUUAUCGGACCGGUCGACGCCUUCUAUGGGAUCCACGCCUUAUCAGACCCCCAGGCUACCCUUCCCGUACUCCGUACAAGCUGCGUCCGACCCACUCGUCCUUGCCAUGUACAACGGUGUCGGAAGGACAACAGAUCGGGUGAUAGGGUUCGCUUGGUACUCGACGUUGAUCCUGGGAGGUGGCAAGGAGGUCGUAGGGAUCGCAGUAGAGGUCGUCUUGUUGACUGUUCUACUAUUCUGGUGGAAUGGGAUCUGGCCGUUUUGAAGUGUUUGAUUGAGAUUUGUAACAUUAUACCCGAUAUAGAGCAAAAGAUUGCAAUACCACACACAAGUGAUUGAGACGUCAUCGACGCAGAAUCAGCCAGAUUGAAUUGCAUCGAGGGAAAUCAUGGUCUUGAAAUCAAGCGAUAUGUGUAAAUCGUCUCCGCUGAGAAUGAUUUCGCUCUUCUGCGUUGAAGCCCAAUCUGGAACCCUUCUUUGGCCAAGCGUCAUCCACACCUGGUCCGAGGUCAGUGAUGUCUUCACCUCCCUCCCAAUUCCCCCUCUCUGCCAAGCCGGCAAAUAUGCCGAAUGAUUGAGGUUGCCACGUUGCCCACAUCUUGAUUGGGUAACCGACCAGAUCGAGAUGAAAAGGGACGCACAUGCGAAAGAAAAACAUCGAAGAAAAUCGUGAGCUUGCGUGCUUACUCCAUCGACAUCGACCCAACCCAACCCAGCCUAAAGCAACUUACCUGAAAGUCCGCCGGCUCAUUCC